GGAUAAUUGGAUAUUGGACUCACAAAACACUCUCAAAGCUGAUUGGUGGUAUGGCAAGUCAACAGUACAGGAUCUCAGGAAUGAAAAUAGAUCACAGUGAAUGAAAUGCAUCAAAACAUAAGGGGUCGAUGAGAAUAAAGAUGGAGAGGUUUAAGGAAGUGGGAUUAAAGAAGAUGACUGAAAAUGUUGCAUUUGCAGAUUUGGGCUUCAGAAGUAGUAGUGGCCGAACUAGCUUUCAAUGGGGUGGAACCGUUUUUGCCUUAUUUUUGUUACUCCUUAAUCGAACAGGACGGCGAUCACACUUGCAAACUAACCUUCUAGUGUUGUAUCUCUUUACAAGUUUCCCAACUGUAUUGUUCAAAAUCUUAAGAGGUCAAGUUGGUUGCUGGGUUGCUUUUCUUGCUGUUGGAGCAAACCUUUUCUAUCCUCAAACCUGUCCAGUUGCUCGUUUUAUCCUAUUUGUUAUAGCACCAGAUUGGCUGGCUGAUGAAUUGCGUGAUGGCAUUGCUGCUGGUAUUUUUUGUCUUAUAAUGGGGGUUCUACUAGUUAUCAUAGAGAUUCGAGAAACUAGAGGAUUUAGGGAUUUUGAAUGUAGUUUCUAUUGCUUUGGUUAUAUCAUAGGUAUAUUUUUCUUGUUCUUCUUUACGAUAUCAUAUCUAUGUUUGGGAACUUGAUUAGAAGAGGAGUUUCUGCUUGGAUGGAGGUGCACUGUCUCCAGUUUCUAGAUUUUAUUCAAGCUCACUUCGAGCUAUAUAUCAGAAAUUGCUACCUGUAGCUCAUGUUUUACUUAUGGUGCUCUCUGAACCCGCUUCAAAUCAACGCAUAUGAGGGACUUGAGAAGUAUUAAAAAUAUUGCUGGGUCAAAAUCUCAAUGAGAGAAUUUUUGGAGCCUUAAUGUUGCUAGUUCGUGGCUUCACUACUUCUUUGAUAGAUUUACAAGUAUAUUUGACUCUGGUUCAUGAGGAUACUGGAUUAUGUAUGUUUUUGAAGCAAAAUUCCAAAUCUAUUUUGUUCUAUACCCUUCUAAAGGGUUAACUUUGAAAUUGGGGGCUGGUUUCUUUUGGACUGCACCACAGAGAAUAUAUGAAACUCUGGACUUUCAAUAUUUGCGUGCUUGUAGUUUGUUAGAUUGUUGAAUAAUGGAGCAAGUACAUGCACACAAGUAAUGAACUGUGUAUAAUUACAUCCGCUGUAAAAUGAAUUCCGGCUAUGGAAACUUCUCUUGUGUUAUUAAAUGUAAAAUUACUAUAUUAUGUUUCUGAAA